AUGCUCUACAACGGCUACCUCCAGCUCGGGUACCAUCCCAUGGUAUUUAAGUCGGCUGAAGUAGUUAUGAUCCCUAAACCUAACAAGAGGGAUCUCUCGAACCCCUCUGCCUGGCGCCCCAUCUCACUCCUCCCCUGCCUUAGCAAAGGACUGGAACGGGUGCUCGCCAGACGAAUCGCCUACAUGGCUGUCACACACGAUAUAAUCCCUCCCGAGCUCGCAGGAGCUCUUCCUCGUCGCUCUGCUAUGGAUAUAGUCUCCUCCCUCGUCUUCGAUAUCGAGAGUAAAGUCUUCAAGAAUCACCUAGUUGCAACCUUAGUUACUAUGGAUAUUAAAGGUGCCUUUGACGCUGUUCUGCGAAACCGGCUUAUUCAGAGACUCCAGAGACAAGGCUGGCCACUUAACCUAAUAUACUGGGUGUAUAGCUUUAUGUCUUGUCGUAUAGCAUUUGCCCGGUUCGGCAAGAGCCAAUCAGACAGUAUAGAACUCCCCUGCGGACUCCCGCAGGGCUCCCCAAUCUCCCCGAUACUUUAUCUACUAUACAUUGUGGAUAUCUACUCCCUCGACGGCGCAGAUAAACGGUACGGGUAUGCAGACGACACGGCUAUGCUGUUUAUCGGCUCUUCCCUACAAGAAACCUCGCAACGAGCCGAGCAAGCGAUCCAACGUAUGGUUGAAUGGAGCAAAUCCACGGCAGUCACAUUCGACCCUGCGAAGACAGAGAUCAUGCACUUUACUAGGAAACGAGUUACGGAAUCCCCGACAAUCCAACACCAAGAUAAGGUAAACAAGGCCACGCCGUCGAUGCGGUGGCUUGGGGUCUAUCUUGAUAGCAAACUAAAAUUCAACGCUCAUAUUACCUACUGGAGACAGAAGGCGAUGGUAACAGCGAACCUGCUACGCAGCCUCAGCAACACGAUCUCUGGUAUCAAGCCCUCCGCGGUCCGACGGGCGGUAAAUACGGUUAUUAUCCCAACUAUCUUCUAUGGAAUCGAAGUAUGGCUCCUAGACGACGCCCCUGCUGCUGGACGCGGUCGGGUCUCCCAGAUCACUCGAACAAGAAUCACAGCUAUCCAAAGCUGCCUAAAUACAGCAUGCCGCGCUAUACUACCAGUCUGGAAAACGACCCCCGAGGUCUACAUGUGGCGCGAAGCUGGGAUUCCCGCCGCCGAGGAUCUAAUACGAGCAGCCCGCUCAAGGAUCUCGCUACGAAUUGCUACCCUAGACCGAAGACACCCUAUUCGCGAAAGACUAGACGAUUUCGAACGUAGAUGUGCUCUAGAAGCACAUCCCGAGACCCAUCGCUCUGUCAUGUCAAGACAUAUUAGACUACUUGGAUUAUCUACCCUACAUAAGGAUAUCCCAAGCGUACCCUUGAUCCCUAGAAGGUAUAACACUAACAUCACUACCAUACUCAACAAAAAUACAAAGGAUAUCGAAACCAAACUCCAUCUCCAGUGGCUCAAGUCUCGACCCGAAGGCUACAUUGUGUACUCCGACGGCUCGAAACUAGAGGACGGACGUGCGGGCUAUGGGUUCAUCAUCUACAAGGAUGGUAUACAGGUCGACUCAGGGUCCCGGCAGCUUGACCACAGAGAGGUGUUCGACGCCGAGAUCUCCGGAGCACUCAAAAGCCUGAAACAGGCGAUGACGCACAAUCUCGAGCGACUUCCGGUCACUAUCUGA